AUGAAGAGCCACCGGGAGGACAUCAUUUUUCAGGCUUUGUUGUUAAUCCACAUGCAGGGCCAAUCGGAUAGCAGCAGUAUAGUACCCGGCUACAAUGUGAGCGCCCCGGCCGGCUCGGCCGUCACGUUGCAAUGCAUGAGUGGCCGCAUGGUGUGGACCAGGGACAACCUGAGAGACAGACAGAGGGUGGUCCACUGGGACGUGUACCGGCCUCACGUGGACAACAGCAUGGAGAGAAUAUUGGACAUGUACUCUGCAGGAGAGCAGAGGAUAUAUAACUCCUACAACCUGAAACGAGUUGGCCUUAGUCAGAGAGCCUUCAAGGAUGGGAACUUCUCCCUGGUCAUCAAAGAUGUGACGAUGAACGACAAAGGUCUGUACUCUUGCAAUCUCCACCAUCUCUACUGUCACAUAUACGAGACGGUCCGAGUGCAACUGAACGUCACCAAAUCACGUCGUAAAGAGCAGCGCUUCUGGGACGGCCACAAAGCGGUGUUCGUGGUUCUGCUGGGCAGCACCGCGGUGCUGCCGUGUGUCAACAGGAGGAACGUGUGGACAGACUGGAGCAACGAGGAGGAGGAUCAGCAGGUGGUCCACUGGGACCGUCAAUCUCCUGGAAUCCACCACGAUCGCGCCGACCGCUUGGUGGACCUGUACGCCUCUGGAGAACAGCGUAGCUACGGACCCUUGUUCCUCAGAAGAAAGAUGAACAUCAGCAACCAGGCCUUUACGGAGGGAGACUUCUCACUCACCAUAUCUGACUUGCAGGCCACUGACCAGGGGAUGUACUCAUGUCACCUUCAUCAUCAUUACUGUGGUUUGCAUGAGAGGAGACAAUUCCAGGUCACCGUGGAACCGCCGGUGAUUCACGCUACCGUCCCAGCCAAAGCACUGCCCAGUGCAGACAAAGAUGUUAUUAAAGCAGAGUCGCCACGGGUUAUCAAUGUCGUGAUUCCCGAACAAAGACAUAACUUUCUCUUGCCUCUGGGAUUCGUCCUCACCGCCUUCCUCCUCCUGGCGUUUGUCGUUCUCAUCAUCAUCCUCAUCACACGCAGACGUAAAACAGAGUUGUAUUCAGUGGAAUCAACCAGGUCCAACAGAAGUCACAGCAGCUCGGAGGAGUUUGAGAUGGAGGUCACAGAGGCGGCGCUGCCCAUCAGGGAGCUGGAUGACAGACUUGACUACAAAAACAACCUGCUGAAAGAGGUCAACAUGAACACUUCCAGAAAAGUCAUUGAUCUGGAUGAAGAGAUGCAGAAGUGCCGCAAGUGA